CCUCGAUCAAAACAUGUGCAACAAAGAAAGAUAAAUAUCUGAAAAAAGAGCAAAACAAAAACCUUGUAGACGGGGAGACAUUGCUUUCGGUGCACACACACUUCUUCUCCCCCUUUGCUUCCGUGCACCGACUCAAUUUCAACUCCUGCAUCUUCAAUCGGAUAUUGGUUGAUGAUUUUUACUUUCUAGCAGCUAAUCUGUGUGAGUGUACAUGCUCACUGACCAAAUUAGGUCUGAUAGUUGUGGUUUAGUGUUUUUAAAUCAAAAUGGAGCCUUUAUGGAAGCUUGUGUUUCUUAUGGAGCCGGCUCCAGUUACGCUUAUUUUAACUGCCAUUGCUGUCACAUUUGGGUCGGCUUUCCGGGCGUUAAACUAUGGAAAAGAAAUGGAAAAAAACCGUGACUUAUCUGAAGCAUCGAUCACGUUGGACCGAUCGCAAGCACUCAUGAUACCAGUUAUGAGCUCGUUAAGUCUGCUGACAAUGUUCUACUUGUUCUCUUCGGUCUCACAAUUGCUCACUGGUUUCACCGCAAUCGCCUCGGUGUCAUCUCUGUAUUUUGUGUUCUCACCUUAUAUAGUGCAUGUGAAGUCGCAGUUUGGGCUUUCUGACCCGUUUGUGUCUCGUUGCUGCUCCAAAUCUUUUACUCGAAUACAAGCGCUUUUAUUGUUUCUUUGCUUCAGUACAGUUGCAGCGUGGCUCGUUUCCGGGCAUUGGAUAUUGAACAACUUGUUGGGGAUUUCACUUUGUUUUGCGUUUGUGAGCCACGUUCGUCUUCCAAACAUUAAAGUUUGCGCGAUGCUGCUUAUCUGCUUAUUUGCGUAUGAUAUAUUCUGGGUGUUUUAUUCAGAAUGGUUUUUUGGUGCGAAUGUUAUGGUUGCAGUUGCAACACAACAAGCUUCUAACCCUGUUCAUACAGUGGCUAACUCUUUAAGUCUUCCGGGAUUGCAAUUAAUUACCAAAAAGCUCGAAUUGCCUGUUAAGAUUGUAUUUCCAAGAAACUUAUUAGGUGGCAUUGUACCGGGAAAUGCUGCUAGUGACUUCAUGAUGCUUGGUCUUGGUGAUAUGGCUAUUCCUUCCAUGCUUCUGGCGUUAGUUCUCUGCUUUGACCACAGAAAAGUCAAAGAGGCUGCAAACCCGCUGGAUAUAUCUCCACAAAAGGGGUAUAAAUACAUAUGGUAUGCUACGUGUGGAUAUGCUGUUGGAUUGGUAGCUGCAUUAGCAGCUGGAAUUCUUACUCAUUCUCCGCAGCCAGCACUUCUAUAUCUGGUGCCAUCGACACUUGGACCGAUAGUUGUGAUCUCCUGGGCACGAAAGGAGCUAAAGGAGUUAUGGGAAGGAUCGACACCGAAUGUUACAGAGAAAACACAUUUGACAGAAGUUUAAGCCAUGGAACAUGUAAAUGGACUUUGGAUAAGUUAAGAAUGAUGUUGCUACUUUGGAAAUAACAUUUUGUUUAAUAUUAUAUUAUUAUGACUUCGAAUCAUUUCUGCGGAUAAAAUGAGAAAUGACCCCUAUUUCAGAUUUUA